GGAUAAGCCAAGAUUUUUGGAAAUGUACUGUUGCUGAGAUGAGCAAGACUAGGUGGAGAGGCAAUAUCGCCUGUAAUACAGUUGAAAGGUGUAAACAGUUCGAAAUAUUUCUUAGUACAGAUGAACAAGAGUGGCAAAUAAAGGGCACAGACCCUAUAAUAGAGGACUAA